UGUGUCUCUCCCCAUCUCUCCUCUCUGUCUCUCCCUGCCCCGUGUCCCUCCCCCUGGUCCCCAGCCCCAGUGGGCAGAUGCAGUGCUGACGUCACUCCAGCUGCACUGCCAGCGCUGUGAUGCUGCCAGGAAUGUGAUGCUGGAUCCGCACAGCCAUGAUCGGGGAGCAGCCUGCGAGCUGAGUGCGAGGAGAUAUCUCCUUCGUUGCCAUGUUUUUCAUUUUACCUGCUUUAUCCUCUGGAUUCCACCCAAUGUCCUAAAAGGGAGAGCCCACCAUGGAUAGCCCACCCAAACUUGCCGGAGAAACCUUGAUAGUUCAUCACAUCCCUCUGGUGCAUUGUCAGGUGCCAGAUAGACAGCGUUGCCCGAAUUCCAAAAGGUCACAUACUUAUGGCCAGAAUGAUCUCGGAAUUACAAGGACCACGUCUCUUCCCGAGAGGGACCUGGCGCAGGCUGACUCCUCGGUGUACAGCAGCUUAAUACAGGCUUCCGAGCCGCCCAUGAGAGAGAAGAAGCCCAAGAACGAGGAGGACUCGCAGGGGCCGACGACCAGGAAGCGCCACAACCCAUUCCUUCCAAACGAAGAGGUGGAGAACAACAUCCCGAGCGGAAAUCCCGUGGAGGAGUCCUUCCAUCUCCACCGCACCUCGGCUGGACCCAAAUCGGCUUUCGGCAUCCAAGAGCUGGCGUUGCCGCCUUUCCAUCUCCACGAUCAUCCGCCCAUCGCCAAGCCCUGGAUGUUGUCUGAAAGGUCGGGGUUGGUGGAAGGUCAAGAAGAGAAGGAUCCUCUUAAUGGCCUACAGAAAGGAAGCAACGGUAAUCAGGUCUCCGCCGAGCAGGCGAACGAGGAGCGGCAAUGGCUUCAACAUGGGGGUCCUAGCUUUUCUCUGGACUGGAACCAGAGCUCAGAUUUGGGGAGCCAAGAUCUCCUGCAAAGCAGAGAGUGCAGCUGUAACGGGUUUGAGACCCUCCGACACUGCAGGUGCUACAGCGCCUCGAGCCAGUCGGAGAUGGACCAGCAGGUGAGCUACGUCAGCGACUCGUCUUGCAAUAGUUCAGACGGAAUCCUCGUUAACUUCAGCACCUUAUACAAUAAAAUGAACGGACAGCCCAGAUCCAACAUGAAUUCGGGGAGUCUGUCCUGCGACUCCUCGUUUUGCAGUCACCCCGACACAGGAGCCUUCUAUCUUGACCUGCAGGCCUCACCCACCGAAUCUAAGAUGUCUUGCGACUCGCAUAUCCAAGAAGGCCAAGGAAAACCUUGCGGAUGUUACCACCAUGCGUCUUCUCCCGUGCUGGAUGCCAACUGCAAUUCUUACCACCUCCACUGCGAGUCAGUGCCGUGUCCGGCAGAAAGUUCGGACCUGACUUCCUGCUUUCAAAGCCAGGCCAGGCUGGUGGUGGCCACUCAGAAUUACUAUAAACUGGUCACGUGUGAUUUGUCAUCUCAGUCGUCUCCAAGUCCAGCCGGCUCGUCCAUCACCAGCUGCUCGGAUGAUCACACCAAGUGUAGCCCGCCGCAACCGACGGAAUAUUUCCUCUUCCAGCAGCCGCAAAGCAGUUCGGACACAAACGCCCCCAAAGGACCCAUUGAACGGUCAAAAUCGGACAUCAUUGAAGGACAAGUUUAUGUCAACGUGUCUCCUCCAAACUUUAACGCUGGAAGGCAGCGCUCCCGGAGUUACGACCGCAGCUUGGAGAAAAGCCCCACCAAUCGGUUGGGAUCUUUGGAACGUAUGAUGAGUUGUCCGGUUAAACUAAGCGAGGGCCAGGUCGGCACUGGCCGGGAAUCAUCGCCGAAGAGGGUCACGUCAUUCCUGGAGCUAGCUAAGAGCAGAAAGAGGAAUGGCACCAGCCCUCCGGUCAAAAGCAGCGGGGAUUCCUCCUUGGAGUUCUCGCCUAUCCCGGAAUUGCGAAAGGAUGGAAUGUCGGAGCGAGGAGAAUUCCGCAGUCACAGCCUCCCACCGAUGUCCUUCAUGCACUGCAUGAGCCGUACGUGCGAGGGGUGCACGGGCGACGGCGGAGACGCCAAAGCCACCAACUCCAAUCCGGCCCCCGGCGUCAGCCAGAUGUCAGAGAGCAGCAGCGGAGAAACGGAACGGCCCCUGCUUUGUGACGUUCUAGAGUCUGCGGGUUCCGGAUUCAAUUUCCUACCCAGAGACCUGAGGAUAAAAGGCGACGGAAUCGGUGCCGAUGUCAACCCCGUUUUCCGCUACAGCAAGGAUCAGCGUCCCACCACAUUGCCCAUCCAGCCUUUUGUGUUCCAGCAUCACUUCAGCAAGCCCAAGACACGGCCUCUGCACAGCCGCUUCACCGCCAGCCUGUCCCAGCUCUAUGGCCUGUCCGGCAGCCGAUCGUCCAGCCAAAACAAUGUCUGCGACACACAGUCGUCGGCGCCGAUGUCACUUUCGGGACCCAAGGAGGCAACCGGCAGCCAUGCCAAGGUGAUCAAUGUACCACGGAAGCUGUGCCUGGAUGGGGUGAGCACCAGCGUCAAAGAAGAUCAAAAUAAGAAGCCGGCUCCUGAUACGACUCGUCCGUCUCCUUUGGGCAGUUACUCUCCCAUCAGGAACAAUGCCAUGUUUUUCCAGAGCAUGGUCUCUGGUUCUUCUAGUUCUCCUUCCCCGGAGAAAGCCAAGGAAACACUACCCCCCCGAAGCCAGUCUUGUCCCCUUUCUGCCAACCUCUUGCCCUUCAGAGCAUCGCCUGCCAGAGGGACUACCCUCCCAGGGGCUGCCAAACCAACUCGGAAGUACGAAAUUUCCCCCAAAAAGGAGGUUCAGAGGUCGGUGGCAAAGCGAGAGCCGCUGAAGGAACCGAGCACACAAGUGUCCAAGCACGGACUUCCUCCGAUUGCCUCCUUGCCUCUGCUGAACACAAUCCUGCGCGAGAGCAGCCAGAACUUGCCUGCCAAGAGCGAAGAGCAAAAUUCCAAACUGAGCUCCGAGAAUAUCGCUCUGUUACGGCCGGUUAAUGCCAAUCACCUGUCCCCCCAGGCUUUGAAAUGGAGGGAGUAUAGACGCAGGAACCCGCUGGGGCUGGAGCGCGUUCACGGGUUAGCCGGUCUGUCCGGCAGCUUGGACAGGAAGCAGGACUCCAAGAUAACGCGCCGGGGCCAUUUCUUCGACGGGCACAGCGGGAUCAACCAACAUGCGCGACUCAACGGGAAGCCAUCAGCGCUCAGCUCCAGUGACUUCUUCCAGGACUACUUCUCUCUGACGGAGCGGCCCCCGGCUGAGUUCUGCCUCUCCCCGGACGGGAGCGCCGAGUCGGUGUCCAUCGAUCUCGUACAGAAGAGAGGGCUGGUGAAAGCUGUCAAUGUUGCCGUCGACCUGAUCGUUGCCCACUUUGGAACAAGCCGAGACCCUGGGGUGAAGGCCAAGCUGGGAAAUAGCUCAGUGAGCCCCAACAUCGGACACCUGGUCCUGAAAUACCUGUGUCCAGCGGUCAAGGACAUUCUGUGUGAUGGGCUGAAGCCUUGGGUCCUCGACGUCAUCAUCGGCCAGAGGAGGAACGUGCCCUGGACGGUAGUGGAGGCGUCAACGCAACUGGGUCCUUCCACCAAACUCCUGCACAGCUUGUGCUGUAAAGUGAACCAGUACUCCGAGUUAUCCAACCACAGCCUGAGAUUCAACGCCUUCAUCUUUGGUCUUCUCAAUAUCAGGUCACUUGAGUUCUGGUUUAAUCAUCUGCAUAACCAUGAAGAUAUUAUCUGGGCUCACUACGAGCCGGUGGGUUUCCUGUCUGUGUCCCAUGGGGUCUGUCAGCCUCUGUUCGAGGAGCUCUUGCUUCUUCUGCAGCCUCUGUCCCUUCUACCCUUUGACCUGGACCUCCUGUUCGAGCACCACCUGAUCCAGAUGAGCCGAGAACAGCAGCAGAAGAAAGAAAUGUUACGGGUGAAACAGGACCUGAUGCAGUCGGUUCACUCCACCAUUCAGCUGAUGAGAAGCCGGGAGGAAGAGGACCAGGGCACCCCGGAGAAGGGGAGCGCGCCGAGGGAAGCCUCAGAUGUUCUGGGAGUCGAGAGACCGACGGGAGAAGGGGCUGCAGCUGCGGAGAGUGAGGAAGACCACAAGAAGGACAAUAACGUCGAGGUGAAGAAAGACAGACAGGCAGGAUGGUGGUACCAGCUGAUGCAGAGCUCGCAGGUCUACAUAGAGGGCUCGACGGAUUCAGCCAGGUUUACUCGCCAGGAGCGGAGAAGGUUGGGAAGCGUCGGGACACCCAAGAAAGCCCCACCGCCCCGGGAAGGAGUGGUGGAAGGGGCAGAAGCCUGUCCCAGCCGGGAAGCAGCAGAAGGGGAAAGGCUCAGUAAGAAGGAGGUGGCCAGUGACGGGCAGAAGGACGAGAAACGCUCAUGGAUGGGAAGUCCUCCAGAGUCGGUGCUCAAUGAGCUGAAGGACGGAAAGGAGAAUGGAAGCCCACGAAGAAAGCCUGGGGUUCCGAGUGCGGAAGCCGACGCAAAAGAGGACACAAGGCAGGCACAGAGCAGCCCGGCCAGGAAAUGGGGCCACUUAUUUGGGUCCCGGAGACAACCGAGGGAAAGCAAACCGGCUAACAGGCUGCCCUCCGGCUGGCUGAGCCUUGAUAAAUCUGUCCUUCACAUGGUGGCUCAGACGGUGAGCGCAGGGAUCUGGGGAGAAGCCGCUCCAGAGACUGAAGAGGUCCGAGCCCAAGAAGGAGCGACGUCGGAGUCACCGUGUUCCCAGAGUCCUCGACAACUUCAGCCUCUACGUCCUCACGCCGAGCAGAGACAUCUGGAUUUUGCCUACCACUCACACUCGGAGCAGCUUCGGUGCGGCCCCGGCAGCCGGAAUAGGCUGAUGCCCCUGAAAUACGUUCCUCACCCUCACCAAGCGGACACUUAGCGAGGCGCGAUGGAGGAGUGAGAGAGACGUACGAAGACUGUUGGGUCUGUUGUGACAGCGGCACGAAGGACACGCCAGGCUCUUUCUGGAUCUUCAGCAGGGCUUCUAACCAUUCGCUGGCUCAGAGGCAACAAGGAUCAUUGCCCACUGACACACGUGGGGUAACAUAGCAUUCAUACAGUAUUCUUUCUCCCCGGUCCCACGUGCACGUGUGCUAGCCGUGAUAUUGACGUGAGCUGUGCAUGCAGACAACUUAAAGAGAAAUCCUGUGGCUCUCCCCAAUCCUCCAUACUUUGGGACUCCUAGCGUAUGUCCGGACAUUCUUGACCUGCCUCUUUAGAGAUUCCCCGGCCAUUUCCCCUGUGUCUAGCACUUAACCAAUCAGCACUUCAGAGGCUAUCCAGAAUUAUUUUAGGCUAGUUUACGCUACAUUAUAGGAAUGCACAAAAAAAAACAACAA